CUUUGCACUCAGUUCCAUAGCCUGAAAAGAGGAAACGGAUAAGGCUUUAUAUCCGACCAUGUCUUAGUGGCUAAUACUAAAACAUCUGGAAAGGCCAGUGUCUCUGUGAAAAGAGAAGACUCGAUUGAUCGAAUCUACUAUCACAAACAGAGAACCGGACCUCCAGGAUGUUCCAGGGCCACUCCAGUGUGCCUGUGUGGGAUGCUGGUCCAUGGUACUCGAGCUAUAACUACCCGUCCCCCUACCCCCAUGAGCAGGCUCCAUACUGGGACCAGUGUAUCUCCGACCAGAAGGUUCAGAACCACCUGGACACUUCCAAGUACCUCCAUCAAGCCCAGACCCAGCAGGUCAAACAGUACCUGACUCUAGGUACGAAGGUUGCUGGUCAAGCCCACCCACACCCGGGCCAGGCCCUGGGCACGAUGCCCGUCAUGCACAAUGGCCAUAUGACACCUGUCAGCGACACCAGCACGCCUGGCAGCCCAGUCACCCUGCUACCUCUUCCCAACAACCAUGACACUGAGUUUCCAGUGGAUGAAGUUAUCGAUGAUUUAUUUGGCUAUAUGGAGCCUGGAAUCAUGAUGCAAAAUAAUGUGCCCCCGAACUGCAGCAUGCUGGAUGGCUAUGGCGGUGAUCAAGGUAUGACCGCCUCUCAUGGUGGAUUGAAACCCCCCACAUGCCCCACAAAGCUCUCUGUUAAAAUGGAAGUCACAGAACACGAUACCAGAGUCUUAGCAAAAGAGAGACAGAAGAAAGACAAUCAUAAUCUGAUUGAAAGAAGGCGGAGAUACAACAUCAACUACAGAAUCAAAGAGCUUGGAACUCUGAUACCGAAGUCCAACGAUCCUGAUAUGCGCUGGAACAAAGGGACCAUCCUCAAGGCCUCAGUGGAGUACAUUAAGUGGCUGCAAAAAGAGCAGCAACAUGCACGGGAGCUGGAGAGCCGCCAGAAGAAGCUGGAGCAGAUGAACAGGAGACUGCUGCUCAGGAUUCAGGAGUUGGAGAUCCAGGCUCGUGCCCACGGUCUGGGAGCAGCGGAAAUCUCAUCACACCUCGUCAAGCAGCAGGCACUUCCAGCUCCUGCGGUCACUCCUGGUGCACAACCUUCUCUCUACCCACAGGAUGAGCUCAACGGCCCCGAGUACCUACAGAGGAACUCCCUAUCCGCGCUCCAUGUUGGAAAUGAAGGCAACAGCAGCUCCUCGGGCGAGCUUGCGGACACCACCUCCACGACCUUUUCGGAUCCGCUGUCGCACUUCACGGACUUCUUCAGCGCCACAAUGAAGGAGGAGCAUCGGCUGGAAGAUCUCCUCUUGGACGAGGCGCUGUCUCCGUUCGGAACAGACCCGCUGCUUUCAGCUGCUUCACCCGAUGCCUCUAAAGGAAGCAGCCGCAGGAGCAGCUUCAGCACAGAUGACAACGAUGACCUUUGAUCGCUGUUUUCGUACACUUUUCCCAGCAUCUGAUGUAUCUGACUGACCUCCAGAUUUUUUUGCUCGACAGAGACAUCUUGUACUGUAUGUCUCCUAAAAAGAUAGAAACGUCAAAAAGGGGAGAUGAACUGCUAUUUUGAAAUGUCUGACAGACAGCCUUUGAAGUGAUUGCGAUGCCAGGUGUCAAGGGGCUGUGUCUGACAGACAGCCUUUCCUGUAGAUGCUCAUAACACUGGUCACACAUAUCACUGGAUUAUUAAAAACGCUUAUUUCUGAAGUGUAACAUUAUGGCAUUAUGUUUUCGGACUACUAAAGGAAAAAAAAAGAGAAGAUGGAGAAAAAGAGUUUAUUUUUUCCUCUGCUCUGUCAUGCCUUACCUAAAACAGGGUUAGCUUUAUCAACGUAUGUAAGAAGACGUGAUGUAAAUGUAAUUUAAUAGCAAUAAAACUAACAUGCCUCUUUGUUUUGAAAGUAUUUUGAAGAAGAUAUGACUUUUCUGUAUUUAUACAUCCUAACCCCUCUAUUGUUCCUAGACAAUCUAACAAGUUUCUUUUUUAUAACUUUGGGGUGGAGAAAAUACAUUAAACCCCCUUUUUUUGAUAAACCAAGUGUGCUUGUCUUUCAUUCCUUCUAAACACAAUUUAUCCCAUAUAAAUUCCAUCUCGGUACUACAUGGGUGGAAUAUAUAAAUUCCAAAACCUGACACAUUUUUCAACAUAUGCUUACACACACACUCACACAGGCCUGAUUGUGGUUUCUUCACUUCUCUACACUGCUGUGCGACUGAUGAGGUCUUGGCCUGUCUGAAGAUCUAGCUGCUGAGAGGUUUGGCGUUUAAGUGACAUCCUGAUAAGGACGUCUCCCUGUCGCAGAACACUAAUGGCACACAAUAUACCCGUAAUUACACACAAGCUUAGCGGCCAUUAAAACACAGCUGCAGCCCUCCACCACACUGAGUUCGGGUCAGCCCUCCAUGGCUCUCCAGA